GCUGCCCUCCCCGUCAGCCGCCUUCGCCGCCGCGGUACGCUGGCUGCAGGAAGCCGCUGCGCCGCCGCUUUGUUGUCAGGGACCCUGGGAGGAGUGCCGCUCGCUGGCCGUCGCUCUCUUUACUGUAGCCCACUCUGUGGUCGCGGGGUCCGGGCGCCCUGCCCAUGAGGGGGCCCCGCGACCACCGCUGCUCCCAAACCGGGGCGGUGCAACGCUGAAGCGGCGGCGGCGGCGCUGCCCCUUUGCUGGAAGCGGGAGGACUCAGCUCCCAUUCUCGGGGCAACAUGGAGGUGAAUGCGGGAGGUGUGAUUGCCUAUAUCAGUUCUUCCAGCUCAGCUUCUAGCCCUGCCUCUUGUCACAGUGAAGGUUCUGAGAAUAGUUUCCAGUCGUCCUCUUCGGUUCCAUCUUCUCCAAAUAGCUCUAACUCUGAUAACAAUGGUAAUCCCAAGAAUGGCGAUCUCUCCAAUAUUGAAGGCAUCCUGAAGAAUGAUCGAAUAGAUUGUUCUGUGAAAACAAGCAAGUCAAGUGUACCUGGGAUGACAAAGAGUCACAGUGGAGUGACAAAAUUUAGUGGCAUGGUUCUACUAUGUAAAGUUUGUGGGGAUGUGGCGUCAGGAUUCCACUAUGGAGUUCAUGCUUGUGAAGGCUGUAAGGGUUUCUUUCGGAGAAGCAUUCAGCAAAACAUUCAAUACAAGAAGUGCCUGAAGAAUGAAAACUGCUCUAUAAUGAGAAUGAAUAGGAACAGAUGUCAGCAGUGUCGCUUUAAAAAGUGUCUGUCUGUUGGAAUGUCAAGAGAUGCUGUUCGGUUCGGUCGUAUACCUAAGCGUGAAAAACAAAGGAUGCUAAUUGAAAUGCAAAGUGCGAUGAAAACCAUGAUGAACAGCCAGUUCAGUGGUCACUUGCAGAAUGACACUUUAGUAGAACAUCAUGAACAGACAGCUUUACCAGCCCAGGAACAGCUGCGACCUAAACCACAGCUGGAGCAAGACAACAUCAAAAGCUCUUCUCCGUCUUCUGAUUUUGCAAAGGAAGAAGUGAUUGGCAUGGUGACCAGAGCCCACAAGGAUACCUUUAUGUAUAAUCAAGAGCAGCGAGAAAACUCAGCUGAGAUCAUGCAGAGGUCUCAGAGAGGAGAACGGAUUCCCAAAAAUAUGGAGCAGUAUAACUUAAAUCAUGACCAUUGUGGCAGUGGGCUUAGCAGCCAUUUUCCCUGUGGUGGGAGCCAGCAGCAUCUCAACGGACAGUACAAAGGGAGGAACAUAAUGCAUUACUCAAAUGGGCAUGGUAUUUGUAUUGCAAAUGGACAUUGUAUGAACUUCUCCAAUGCUUAUCCUCAACGGAUAUGUGAUAGAGGUCCAGUAGAUGGAUUUUCUCAGAAUGAAAACAACAGUUAUCUUUGCAACACUGGAGAGAGAAUGCACCUGGUUUGUCCGAUGAGUAAGUCUCCAUAUGUGGAUCCUCAUAAAUCAGGGCAUGAAAUCUGGGAAGAAUUUUCUAUGAGCUUCACCCCAGCAGUGAAAGAAGUAGUGGAAUUUGCAAAGCGUAUUCCUGGGUUCAGAGAUCUCUCUCAGCAUGACCAGGUCAACCUUUUAAAGGCUGGGACUUUUGAGGUUUUAAUGGUACGGUUUGCAUCAUUAUUUGAUGCAAAGGAGCGUACUGUCACCUUUUUAAGUGGAAAGAAGUAUAGUGUGGAUGAUCUACACUCAAUGGGAGCAGGAGACCUGCUGAACUCUAUGUUUGAGUUUAGUGAGAAGCUAAAUUCCCUCCAACUUAGUGAUGAAGAGAUGAGUCUAUUUACAGCAGUUGUCCUGGUGUCUGCAGAUCGAUCUGGAAUAGAAAAUGUCAACUCUGUGGAAGCUUUACAGGAAACCCUCAUACGUGCACUAAGGACUUUAAUAAUGAAAAACCAUCCAAAUGAGGCCUCUAUUUUUACAAAACUUCUUUUAAAAUUGCCAGACCUUAGAUCUUUAAACAACAUGCACUCUGAGGAGCUCUUGGCCUUUAAAGUUCACCCCUAAGUUCUUUGUCAUUUAAACGUGAACUGAUUCAUGGUAACUGUACAUUUUGUGCUAUGAAGCCUAUUUAUAUGUAUAUACCAUAUGUGGAGAUAGAAAAGACCUCAAAGACAUUGCAAGAUUGGAUCCAUGCAGUACCUGUUUGGAUUGAGAGCUCUUCAGCCAUGACUGGACACUGACUGUAUCUUCCCAGUAGACCAACCAGCUGUGUCGUACUUCACCUGGAGAAGUUAACACUGAAUUAAUAAUCACACUGAAUGUUUGACUUUUUCAUCUGCCAAAAACCAAAAAUCAGUUUGAUUUCCCUGUGGUAUGAGUAUAAUGCAUAUUCAAAAGUAUAUGAGGACUUGGAAAUGAAUCCUGCUGUUUAUAAAGUAAUAGUGAAUGAUGGAAACAUUAAUUUCACAAGAACAUUUAACCUGGCAACUGGAGACCUUGGGAUUUAGGAGAUCUCCAUAUUUUACUGUGCUCCUGUUAA